AUGGAGCCGGAUAUGACUAGAUCGAUGUGGAUGCCUGCGCAAAGCGCGGCAUCACAGUGUUGGAUUUCGGUCAUAAUCCCCAGGGCAAGAUCCUCGUUAUUCUGGGCAUGGGACGGAUUGGGCGCGGCGAUCAAAGAGCAGGCGGAUCCCUUUGGUCUGAUUACCAGGUACCAUAAUCGGAGACCUCUCCCUGCUGGGCAGGCUGCGGGGGCCGAGUAUGAUUCCUUUGAGCGGUUGCUUGCAGAGAGUGAUAUCAUUAGUAUCAAUGUCCCGCUCAAUGCGCAUACGAGGGGUCUUAUUGGCGCUGGGGAGAUCGCGCGGAUAAAGGGCGGGGUUAACGUUGUGAAUACGGCCCGUGGUGUCACUAUCGAUGAAGCAGCUAUGGCCGAGGCAUUGGAUUUGGGCAAGAUUGCGGCUGUGGGAUUAAAUGCUUAUGAGCUUAUGGUUCCCCAUCUCGGCACACAUACUGUUGAAACGUUGGCCAAGAUGGAGACGUGCGCAACGGAGAAUGCAAGGAGGGUGGCGGUUGGGGAACCUUUGCUUACUCCGGUUCCGAAACAUAUUCAUUCCAGUAGGGGAGGCAUAUGUCUUAUGCUGGCUUGUAUAAAUAGAGAGAAGGACACAUCAUCUGCCGCAAGAAGACGUUAG